CCGCCGCCGCCGUCGUCGUCGUCCUGAAUCUUCAGCCGCGCGCACUCGCGAAAACGAUAAUACCUAUACCGAAUUAUACGUUUCAUUUCGGCAUAAUGUUAUUAUAAAAUAUAGUGAUAAAUAUAAUAUUAAAUAGUAGAAUAUUGUAUGCGCGAUAUAAUUACAUGCGUGUGUUUGGACGUAAUAUUAUACCACGGCGUCUGAAGACUCGCACUUGCCUGUCGUCGUCGUCGUCUUCGUCCUGCGCCUGCAGACCGAUUUGAGAUCGAAUUGACCAUUGCUACAGUUUCCACCGGGAGAGAUGAACAGAAACGUACGAAAGGAUUCCGCGGACUCCAAAGCAGGGUUGGUGAAAAACGAAACGCCGGACGAAGAGAUCAAGGAGUACGUGAAAACCACAAUGAACGAGAUGCUCGGCUGGUACGGAUAUGAAAAAAUUAAUUCCAAAGACUGUUCACUGCAAAGUAUGAAUUUAGUUAAGCUCAGGGAAAAAUAUCGAGGUCGCUCAAAAAGCACAGAACCAGAAACUUCGUCAGACGAAUACAAUAGUCCACAAUCACCAACAACAUCAAACUCACCAGUACAGCAAAUGACAUGCGGAUGGUGUGACAAAACGUUAAUAGCCAAAGCGUUUACAUUCCGCACGGCAGAAUCGGACAACGAGAAAGUGUUUUGUUCCGAACAAUGUUUCUCGCACUACCGUAGAGCGAAUUUCAAACGAAAUAAGACAUGCGACUGGUGCAGACAUCUGAGACACACAGUCAACUGUGUUGAUUUCCAAGACGGCGAUCAUCAGCUACAAUUCUGCAGUGAUAAAUGUCUGAACCAGUAUAAGAUGAACAUCUUCUGCAAAGAAACUCAAGCCCAGCUAGAAUUGCACCCUCACCUACAGAACACUUCGCUGCCAGAAAACCUGUGUAAAACCAUAGAGCCGAACUUGCCACUCAUUACACCAGACCUAUGGCUACGCGAUUGUCAUUCACCGCCACUUCCAGACCGGUCACCGUCCCCUCAAAGGUCUCAUUCCCCUCCAACACCUGGACCGACAGUUCCUCAGCUACGUAUAUCCAAUAAACUUUUUGACCGUCAAAACCGAAAACGCAAGAGACCGACUGCCGAAGACACUGUGCCACCUGUUUACCCUAAAUUUCCACCACAUGCGCCAGUUUACUGCACACCACCGAAUUGUAGGUCUCCAGCAUUCACACAAUCCCAGUCGACAAAUGGCAGCAUACCAACAAAUGCUGAUCCAACACCUUCGCCACUUUACCCAUUGAACUUGCCACCAUCGUUAUUACCACCACCUAUGAUAUUAGUCCCAUAUCCUAUUAUGUUACCAAUACCAAUACCAAUUCCUAUACCCAUACCUUUACCAUUUUUACAAAAAGAAUGUGAUAAAAGCAGUAAUAAGGAAAAAAAUGAAAAAAAAUGAUAAUUAUGUACAUCAUAAUAAACAAAUUACUUUGAAUAAUAUUAUAAAUACUAUUAUUAUUAUCAUUAUAAACACUUAACAAACAAUAUUUGAUUAUAAAAAAAAAAUUAGUUUUACUAUUUUAAUGCAACCAAAAGUAUUUCAUAUUUUGUCAUAUGUAAAACAGAUAAAUUUAGAACCAGAAAAAUUAUUACAAUCUAAUAAUUAUAAGUUAUUCAAUGUAUAGGAUAA